AUGUCAGACAACAAGGAAAUCGCUGCCACUCCGGCCGUUGAGCCCGUCUCUGAGUCUGCUGCUCUCGUCGAGACUCCUGCCGCGCCCGCGACGACGACGACGACGACGACGGAAGAGAAGAAGCCUGAGCCUCCUGCUGCUUCUGAGAAGCCUGCUCCUGCUCCUGCCGCCGCUGCCGAGAAGCUCGUCGAUCACGCCGGUGCUGGGACCUCGACCGCCACCGUCACCGCCGCCCCUUCCACCCCCAUCGCCAAGCUGGCCGCUCGUCUGCCCGAGAUCGUCAAGAAGUCGGGCCACGCCGAGAUGUGGGCGGUCGACCUGUCCGUUGACGACGCCCUGAAGCACGCCCCCACCAAGGUCGUCCUUCAGAAGUUCCUUCGCGCCAACAACGGCGACCCGGCCACGGCCGAGAAGCAGCUUACCUCUGCGCUCGAGUGGCGCGCCAAGACGCAGCCCGGGAAGCUGGUCGACGAGCUCUACGACGAGGCCAAGUACGGUGGUCUCGGAUACCUCACCGUUCACAAGGAUGCUCAGGGCAAGGAGACGAUCAUUACCUGGAAUAUCUACGGUGCCGUCAAGGAUAAGAAGGCUACGUUUGGAAAUGUUCAAGACUUCAUCAAGUGGCGUGCCGCCCUCAUGGAGAUGGGCGUCCAGAGGCUCAACCUGUCCUCCGUCACAGAGGCCAUCCCCGACGACGGCCCCGACCCUUACCAGAUGAUCCAGGUCCACGACUACCUCUCCGUCAGCUUCCUCCGCAUGGACCCCCACGUCAAGGCCGCCAGCCAGGAGACCAUCCAGACAUUCGGCAUGGCCUAUCCCGAGCUCCUCUCCCACAAGUACUUCGUCAACGUCCCCGCCAUCAUGGGCUGGAUGUACGCCGCCAUGAAGCUCUUCCUCGCUCCCGCCACCCUGCGCAAGUUCCACCCGAUGAGCUCCGGCACCAGUCUCGCCGGCGAGCUGCCCACCAUCGCCGACACCCUCCCCACCGAGUACGGUGGCAAGGCCGGCCCCGUCAAGGACACCGGUCUCACCGUCAAGUUUGCCGGCGCCGCCCCUCCUGCCCCUGCUUCUCCUGCCGACGAGGCCAAGCCUGAGCCCCCCGCCAAGGAUGACACUCCCGCUGCUGGCGCUGGCGCCGGCGCUGAUGCUGAUGCUGAUGCUGCCGCCCCCCCUGCCGAGCUUGCUGCUACCGAGGCCAAGGCUGAGGAGGCCAAGGCUGAGGAGACCAAGGCUGAGGAGACCAAGGCUGAGGAGACCAAGACCGAGGAGACCAAGACUGAGGAGCCCAAGACCGAGGAGCCCAAGACCGAGGAGCCCAAGACCGAGGAGCCCAAGACCGAGGAGUCCAAGACCGAGGAGGAACCUAAGAAGGACUCUGCCUAA